CUCUCAUGAGGUAUAUAUGUUUUGUCACAACAGAGUGGACUGGAGGACUCUCAAAGGGAAAUAUUUUUGCUCAGUGUAAAUCUACAGCUCAAAAAUCCAGACAGAAAUCAACAGGAGCCUGAAGGUGACUGAACACUGAAAAGAUGGAUGAAGUUCAUCGACCUGAGCUGUUUGAUUUCCACGGAGUGUCAUUGACUCAGUACUUCACAGAGAACUGGGAGAACGUUCAAAACUUUCAGGCCAGACCGGAUGAUAUCCUCAUUGCCACAUAUCCUAAAGCAGGCACCACGUGGGUUUCCAACAUCCUUGAUUUGCUUUACUUUGGUCAGAGAGAGAAACCCAUCCCGAUUUAUGAGAGAGUACCUUUCAUGGAUAUUUUUCAUCCAGAAGUCGGUGCAGGAACAGAUUGGGCGGACAAGCUUCCCACCUCCCCUCGACUCAUUAAAAGUCAUCUUCCUGUCCAGUUCGUGCCAAAGUCAUUUUGGGAGCAAAAAUCCAGGAUAGUCUACACUGCCCGCAACGCAAAAGACAAUGUUGUGUCUUUCUUCCACUUUGAUCGCAUGAACAUGGAUCAACCAGAACCUGGAGAUUGGAGCAGCUACCUUGAGAGAUUCAAGCAAGGAAAGGUAUUGUAUGGAUCCUGGUACGAUCAUGUGAGCAACUGGUGGAAGAAGAAACAGACUUAUUCAAAUCUGCACUACAUGUUCUUUGAAGACAUGGUUGAGGACACCGGACGAGAGAUAGACAAACUCUGCUCCUUUCUUGGUUUGACUCCUUCAGUUGAGGAAAAGACGAGAAUCGUAGGAGAAGUUCAUUUUGACAAAAUGAAGAAGGAUGACAUGGUUAACUACUCAACAAUCUCUGUCUUUGAUCUCAAAAUUUCUCCCUUCAUGAGAAAAGGAAAAGUGGGUGACUGGAAGAAUCACUUCACUGUGGCUCAGAAUGAAGACUUUGAUGAAGACUACAAGACAAAGAUGAAGGAUCCCACUCUCCAGUUUCGCUCUGAAAUUUGAAAAGAACCAGAAGUGCAGAUGUUGAAUGAUUUGAAUGAAUGAAUGAAUGAAUUAGUCCCACAAGGGGAAAUGUAUCUUUUCAUGGAAAUAUUUCUUUUCAGGUGCUUGUGUCUUGGGCAAAAAAAAACAAAAACAAGAGUGGAGUGGAGGUGGGGGGUUACAUCAUUUACUGCAUGAGGCACUGCAUGAAACACAAAUGAACACAUGAAAUCAAAAUACUUUUCGUGUAUUAUAGUGAAUGUUUCUGAUUUGAUCAUAUAGAUUUAUGUCACAUCUUGAUUUUAAGUGUGGUGGAUCUGAGUUCCAAUUCACUCCCAGAAAGGAGGACAUCUGACACAAACACCAGCCAGAUCCAUGAUGCAAGUUGUUGUGACAGUCCCUGUAUCUUGUUUGUAUUACUCGAUGUGCACUUCAGUUUUAUUGACUGCCUUUUGUCCAACAACACUUGUUCACCCCUCAACAAGAAUAAACUGUCAAAGAAGGUC